AUGCCUCCAGAUCGCUAUCCAGUCUACAAUGUGAAUUGUGGAGCAUUUUCACUCAAAAAGGGUAACCUAUUUUUCCAGCCGGAAGAUGAAAAGCCGCUUCUUCAACUCAGAUUCGAGCAGGACGGUACCCGUGAAUGUUUCUUCUUUCAUGAAGCUAGAGUACGGCAGUUUGAUCCUGAAGGAAUAACCCCCAAAACCGUCACCUUCGCCAAACUCUCCUCCACCCCAGCCGGUCAAAAAUACGAAGAAACCUCCCUCGAAGAAUCCCACCACCCAAUAGCCUCAACCCUAACAGAACCCCAACUCGAAGGUGUCGAAUGGACAUUAACCCUAAGAUCCCCACUCCCAAUCUACAGAAUCAAACGUGUGGGAGAUCAAUGCACAAAUUGGACCACAACGACCCUUCGAGAAUAUAACUACGAUCUAUCAGAUUUACCCCCGGAUCCCGAAGUUAUCGAUUACGAUACGGAGAAUUUUGAUCCGGAGAAUCAUCCACAAACAAGACUAUUUAGGAUUGUAGAGGUCGAGGGGACGGAUUCUGGGGUUGUUGAUAGUGGGAUUGUGAGGUGGGUUGUUAUGUUUGAGCAUCAAGGGUCGUUUAAUAUUCCUGAAGUUCCGACGCCUAGAAGAUUGUGGACGAUUCCGAAACGGUAUUUGGAAAAUAGAAAUUUUGAGCAGAAGGAGAAAGAGAGACUUGAAGAGAUGGAAAAGAAACAACAACAGAGCGAGAGGUCUCAGGAGUAUAAGUCGCCUUGGGGGUUAGAUACGGAAAAUAAAGGGGAGAAUAAAAAGCAGGAGAGUAAAGACGUGGAAGAAACGAAAAAGAUGAAGGAGAUACAAGAUGAAGGCUUUCCGGCGGAAGAUCCAUCGCGGUGGGAUCAACAAAAACAAAGUCAGAAUCCUCAAGGGUCAUGGGGAGAUGAGCCGGAGGAAUUGGAGAAACCUGCGACCCCAACAGUUAUUCGAAAGACGAAGGCUGAAGAAAUGGCGGAUCUGUGGAGGGGGUUUAGGCAAAAUACUAAACCUCAGGCACCCCAGGUACCCCAGGUAAAGAAACAAGAGGAGCCAGAAGAAGUAGAGCAGACGGAGACGAAAAAGAAGAGGAAGAAGAAAAAGAAGAAGAGUCAAGGAAAGCAGGAGGAUCAAAGGAGCGAGGAGAGCGAAGAGAGCGAGGAGGGUCAAGGGCGGCAAGCGAAGGAGGGGAAAGAGGCAGGGAAAGAACCGAAGCAAGUUGAGAAAAAGGAAGAGAAGAAAGAAGAGAAGAAAGAAGAGAGUAUAGAAGAAAGACUUGCGAAGGUGCCACUAGGAGAGCGAUGGUGGGAACCCACACCAGAAGAAAUAGAAGCAAAGAAGAAGGAGGAGGAACAGCGAAAACCAGGGUGGUGGGGAGAAGAGCUAUGGCUGAAGCGGCAGAAGGAGAAGGAAGAGGAGAAUAGGAAGCGAGUAGAGGCAGGUGGUGAGGAUCGAUGGUGGGACUAUGAAGAGCGCCCGAAUCCUACGGGAUGGUGGUGA